UAUAUUGGCAAACCCUAGCGACUCCAUCACCCUCCCCACCCAUUUUCGCUCACCGUCGCAGAGAGGCCGGCCGCCAUUGAAGCUCAGGCGAAGCAAUAGCAAUGGCGAGGAUCAAGGUUCACGAGCUGCGACAGAAGUCGAAGGCGGAUCUGCUGAUCCAGCUGAAGGAGCUCAAGGCCGAGCUCGCCCUCCUCCGCGUCGCCAAGGUCACGGGAGGCGCGCCGAACAAGCUCUCCAAGAUAAAGGUGGUGAGGCUGUCGAUUGCACAGGUGUUGACUGUGAUCUCGCAGAAGCAGAAGGCUGUAUUGAGGGAGGUCUACAAGAAUAAGAAGUACUUGCCGCUCGAUCUGCGUCCAAAAAAGACCAGAGCCAUCCGAAGAAGGCUUACCAAGCACCAGGCGUCUUUGAAGACGGAACGGGAGAAGAAGAGAGAAAUGUACUUCCCCGUGAGGAAAUAUGCUAUCAAGGCGUAGGCGGCACUUACCAUGCAAUUUUGCAGUUCUAUAUCCUCUCAUAGUGUAAUUUUUGCUUCUGUCCAACUCUUAAUUUCUUCUUGUUUGACCAAUAUCCAGCGAGCGAGUGAUUUUGUUGUCUUUCAAACUGUUACUGCCUCUCCUGAAACUAGAAUACCUGGUAGUGCUAUUCUCUUGCUUUGUUUUGAUGGAA